AUGGAUUCUGAAUCGACAGUGAAUCUAUUGAUUCAAGAUAUAGAUGAGGAGGUAAUGCAGAAAGAAAUUCCCAAUAUUAGUGGAAAUGAUAUGAAUGCGACAGACCCUGAAGAACCAUUGAAUUUACCUGGCAGUAACAGUAGUAGUUCCAUGGAUUCUGUAAAACAUGUAGACAUAAGUCAAUCACCAGAAGACACAAGCGAUACAUCAACAAAUAUAGAGUCUACUCAUCAUUAUGAAUUAGCUGCGCCGGUUAAAUUACUUGCAAAAGAGAGUGACCCAUUGGUUACUCCAGAUUUGAAAAAUACAGCAACGGAAAUAAUGUCUGGACCAACUUUGGCCAGUGCUGCAAACAGGGUAUAUAUGAAUAGAAGUCCAAGUUCAAGUACAGAAAGAUUAAGAGAUAUGUUAAAAGAAGAGGCGGCUGAUAUCGAGCAUGAACUUGAGUCAGACACAGGUAUCCUAACAAAUCCGACAGCACCUAAGAGAUUUUCGUUAGGAUCUACAAAACCAUUACUACCAUACAAUGGUGCCCAGGCGGAUGAUCAAAAUAGUAUCGCACGUUAUGUAUCAAAUUCAGAUGCUGACUAUAUGGAUAGUACUUUUGAUGGGGUCUCAAAUGAAGUUGGUGAACAAUCGCCCCUAGUUCAACAUUCUCCAUUCAAAAUUCCUGUGAGCAACAUAGUCAGUAUAAACCAAUUCACCAGCAACUAUGGUACAAAUAAGAUGGUUGACAACUCGUCCAAUAGAUGCCUACUUGAAGAUCAAGGCGAUGACCUACAAGAUAUUAUCACGAAGGAACAGCAAACCACAUCAUCCUUAUUCGCCACCCAACCACCAAGCAUACCUCCGACCCCAGAAAUGAGACCUCUAACAGGUUCAGAAAAUCUUGAAAACGAUAAUAUUAAUUACUCAAAAAAGUUCAACACAAGAAUAUUUAGUAUGGCAACCACUAUAGGUGAUUACGAGUCUGCUUUGGAACAACAAAGUGAUGUUGCAUCGAUGGUUCAAUGUAUUGACGAACCAGAUAAUGCGUCUGAGUUAGAUAUAAUUGAUACUCUAAAUAUAUCUUCGACGGUUGAUCAUUUUGAAGAAAAUAAUACCUCGGAUAAUAACCAAUUAAAUAAUAAUACUUUUAUGGGGAGUGUACUUCCUUCAAUUGGGUCGAUUCAAUUGGAAAAGGGAAGUUCUUCAUGUGACAACAGCACGUCGUCGGCUAACGAAAGUGAAUCUGUCUAUAAGAUCUCUCUAGAAAAUGAAAAAUUAAUGGAGUACACUAAUCAAAAAAUCUUACAAACUGAAGAUAAAAUUGAAAAAAUAAUUGAAGACACAUAUGUACCAACUAGCACAUUGCCCAUUUCACAAGAUGAAGAUGAAAUGAUAGCAUUAUCAGAAUCGUCUCAGGCAUCGACAGGUACAGAUGCUUCGCAUAUUAUUACUAUUGAUGAACCGUCUUCAGUGACAUCAUCCAGUAAAAGUUCGGUCGGAGAAGAUUUGAGUGAAAUACCCCCAACUCCAAAAAUUAGUUCAACUGUUCAGCCCCUUGAAAAUUUUGAGGGUGAUGAUAACGAUGUUCUUGAUGACGGUUCGUUAAUUGAAACUCUUCCCGAAAUUGAUAUCGACAUUGCCGAUAAUGUGGAAAGCGAUUUGGAAGAUGAUAAUGGAAAAAAUAAUGUAAGUUCAUUAAUAACAUGUAGAGAACCAGAUAAUAUUAGUUAUGAAGAAAGCCACCCCAUCAAUCAAUUAGAUAAUUCUUUGGAUAUAGAUCUGUCUCCAGUUCUACUAGAUGCGACUCAUAGUGACAGCGAGAAGUCAACGUCCGAACCAGCCCGUACUAUCUCAAAGGACUCUGAAAUUGUAAAAACUAUUUUGCCUGAGGUCCCUGGAUUUGAGCCUCUUCUUUUGGAGUCACCUUUCGACGUGGAAGCAGAUUCAUCAUUUGGUUCUACCAAAUCAGAAGAUCCUAACAAACCUACUAAUUACUUAAAUGUAUGGCAUAUACAAGAAUCAUCUCAUAUGCCAGAGCGGAAGCUCUCUGUCACUAAUAGGCCUGUUGAGGCACCAAAGUCAAUAUCCCAAAAUGUCUCUCUAUAUUCCUUCAAGCCAAUAUUAGUUCAUAGACCGAAGAUUCAUUAUUCUGAAUCAUCGACUAAGACAAACAUACAAAAAGAUCCAUUGAUAGGUGAUGAUUGUAUCGCGGAAUCUUUUUCUACUGAUUUUGAGUAUCUUUUAAAUCAAAUUUCUACAGAUGACUGCUCCAUUGACGAAAGAAUUCAGGAACCAUCGUACGGUCAUCUUAACAUAUGGAAUAAAGAAAAGGAUAUUUUGCAUCCGAGUAGCAUGAAAACUGAAAAUACUGAUCCUCAUAAAAAGCUUAAUAUUGAGCAGAUGAUAGGACAAGAUGAACAGGGUAUAAUGAAAUCUCAGAUUAAAAACGUUAUAGUUGGAAAAGCAUCUAGUAUUAAAAGUUUCCAGGUUGAUUCUGAUGAUAACGCCAGUUCCAUAAAUGGCGAAUCAAUCUAUAAAGACGCACUCGAAACACCAACGAAACUCAAUGAGACUGAAAGUAAAGCUUAUCCUACUGGGAACCACAUCGAUAGUCCUUUUAAGGUAAUACCAGAUUCUUCCAAUGAAUCUCCAACUAGGGCAGUCGGCGGUAACCCUUUUUUCACCUCCAACAUGCACACGAAAGAUAACUUUACAAAACCUAUUCUAACUGACUUAAAAUUUACAAACCGAGAAUUUUCAGAGGAAUUAGAUGAACCAAGUACUCCUGUAGUUCUUAAAUCUGAACCAAAAGACCAGAAUGAAGUGGGCACGCAGGCUGAAAUUAAAAAUGGUCAAGAUGAGGCGGAUCAGUUCAUCGUAAUUGAAAAUAGUCAAAAUGAUCCACCAGAUAAUGGUAUAGUGUACGUCCUUUUAAACAAGAUUAAAGUCGAACUUUCUGAUGUGGCCAGACAUGACCCCAAAUUCUCUUUAGAGAUUGACAAUGGUAUUAAUGUAGUAAAUACACCUUGGACAGCUCUAUCUAAUGACCAAUUUUUAGAUUUAGGAAAGGAACUGGAGAUCCCUAUUAGAACUCUCAAUCAAACUAUUUAUUUAACUCUAAAAUGUCGUUACACAAGGCCGCAAUUCGAAUUAUAUGAGGUUAUGGAAAAAGUUAAAAUAGGGAAAAGAUAUCAUGGAUUGGGUAAAACUGAUUAUAGAUAUGAAAAAAGAUACAAACAGAAAAAACUCCAAACUGAUGCUUGGGAUUAUAUAUUUGCACCAGAUGGUUCAUUUGCUUGUGCAGAGAUACAUUUAGAUGAGAAAUUUUUAAACGCCUGUAAAUUUAAAGAAAAUCACGAUGUGGCUAUUAAUCUUGAAAAUAGGUGGGGUCGUUUAAAGCAGACAUCUCAAAAUCUAGGAGCAGAUUCGAAACCACUGAAAAGAAAGCCUUAUAAUAUUGGUAGUAUAUCAUUGGAUACUUGCUAUCUCCAAAGGUCAUCCUGUUUAGAAAGAUUUCCAAAAUCUCUAAAUCUCGUUCAUGAUAUGGUUGGUAGAUUAAAAACACAACGCAGUAUUAAGAAGGAAGGUCCCCUGUUACAAGAAGGUGGGGAUCUUCAAGGUUUACUUAAAAAACGGUAUUUUAAAUUAGAGGGAAACACCCUUACAGGGUAUCACGAAGUUUCAAGGAAAGCUAAAAUUGAUAUCAAUUUGUUAAGUGCUAUUGAUGUAAUUGAUAACAAUGAUUUUCAAUCUAAGAAGGCUACAAACAGAGAUUUUACGAAUCUCGUUUUGUUCGGCGAGAGCUUCAAGAUCAUAUUUCAGGACGGAGAAACUAUUUCCUUCAAUUCAGAUACCUCUGUCACUGAAACUAGAGACUGGUACAAUAAGAUAAAAGAAAGUGUUUCAUUAAAUGUGGUUCACCAGCCAUGGGUAAAAAGAGUUAUCGAUACCACAUCCUGA